CGCUUUGCUGCUCGUGAGUGUGUGGCGCGUUGUGUACGUGUGCAGCUUGUUCUGGAGUGCGGCCUGUGUGUUUGUGGAUCUGAAAGUUGCAGUUUUUAAUCAUCAUGGCGAGAUAUAUGAGACCUCCAAACACCUCCCUGUUCAUCAGAAACAUCUCCGACGACAGCAGAAAAUGUAAAGACAUACAGUUCUGGAGACCCUCCCAAGAAAGAGAAUAUUUAAAAGGGCCGAUGUAGAGUAGAUUCAAGACAAAGACAAAGAGAAAGAUAAAGAGAAAGGUAAAGCUUGAAGAUUCAAAGGGGACCAAAAUUGGAGCCUCGGCCUCGGUCUGAGCGCAGAAAGAGGAGCAGACUAAAGGUUAUUGGGCCCAGUCUGAGUCUCCAAGUCAAGUAAAGAUCAAGCUCAAGUCAAAGCUCAAGCAUGUUAAAGGUAACCGACCCGUUUAAUGCUCAUGUUUGAGGACGUUCGGGACGCAGAGGAUGCGCUUCAUAACCUGGACAGGAAGUGGAUCUGCGGACGGCAGAUCGAGAUACAGUUCGCUCAAGGAGACAGGAAGACUCCCAAUCAGAUGAAGACGAAAGAGAAGCAUUCUCCAUCGCGGUACGACGACUACGAGCGUGACGGACGACGCAGACGCUCUCGCAGCCGCAGCUACAGGAGCAGAUCUCGCAGUCCAUCAUACGAGCGCCGCACUCGCAGAUCAGCCAGCCCCAGAGACUCUCGGUCACACGGCAGACACCGGAGGAGCAGAAGCCAUGAGAAUGACAGACACCACUCUCGGGACCACCACCGCAGACGCCACAGAUCCUCCUCACACUCUCCUUCCCAGAAUUCCAAGCACAAGUCGAAGAGCCGCCGCUCUGGAUCCCGCAGUCCGGCAGCAGAAGAGCUGAAGCAUGAGGAGGACGAGACCAGAUCCCGCUCCAGAUCCAGAUCAUGGGCCGGACGCAAGUCAGGAGGACGCUAGCUGGACAGCACAAACAGAUGACGUCUCCUCUCCUGACCACAUAUAUAAACAUCAAGAAGCAUUUAUAGACGAGUGGAAAAUAUAGUGGUAAUUUCAGAAAUAGAGUCAACAUUAAGUGAGUUUUUCCUCAAGCAAAAGUUUGGUAGGUAAAAAAAAGUGGGAUCACUUUAUUUUGAUGGUCCCUUUAACACAUUUAGUUGAAUUAAAGUUGCAUUGCAUCUACAUGCCAACUGAUUCUCAUUAGAUUAUAAGUAGGCUGUUAGGUUAGGGUUAGUGUAAGUUGACAUGCACUUGCAAAGUGAGUUAAAUGUUGGAGCAGAAUCAGCAGAUAUGAAGCAGACUAUUGAUACUCAAAUGAGAAGUAAUUAGCAUGUACUUAAAAUGCAACUUUUAAUUAACAAAACGUGCACUAGCGACCAUCAAACUAAAGUCUUACCAAAUAAUUCCAAUCUGAAACGUCUUUAGCUUGUGUUUUCAGUGCAGUAAUCGUGUUUUCAGGUUGAAAUGAGAUUUUACUUGAUGUAAAAAUGCUUUUCUAAGGGUUUCAGAGUUACUGAGUCUAAAUAUGGACACAUUUUUACACCAGGAAGCUUUAAUAAAUAAAAAUAAAAUCCUUUUUUUGCAGUCUACUCUGCUUUAAGUCAAAUAAACUGGUUUUGUAUUAAUAUUUGUUUACUUGGUGCACAAAAAUGCUUUUCUUAUUUGGAGUUUUUGACUUGUUUCUAGGCCAAAUAUGUACAACUCAAUAGGCAAGAAGAAUUUCUAGACCACAGGUAUUCAGAAUUAAGGGAGUUUUUCCUUUGAACAAGCUCAAUAAUCUGCCAAUGGUCUAAUAAUCUUGUUUUUAGAUGAUUUAUCUUACCAGGAUGGCAGGUUGUUUUGCUGGUUUUGAGACAAAUCAAGUCAAAUUUGAGCAGGUUUUCUCUUAAAGCAAGGCAAAAAGGUUUUCUUGUCUGGAAAAUGCUUCUUGAUUUUAGAGGUUUUGGAUAUUUGGCUUGAAAGAAGAUCAAACUUGUAAGAAAAUCUUGUAUCAAGACUAUUUCACUUACCUCAUUUGCAGAUUAUUUGGCAUGUUUUAAGAAUUGAAAGCAAAAUAUUUUCACUGGUCCAAAAAGAAGCUCUUGAUUUAAGAAUUGUUAGAUAUUUAGACCUGAAACAAGCUAUGUAAAUAUAUAUAUAUAUAUAUAUAUAUAUAUAUAUAUAAAGAAAUCCACCAUGCAAACACAUGCAUGCAUGUGGAAGUUUGAAGUAAAAUCAUCUCAUUUCAACCCCAAAGCAAGAUCAUUUUCUCUUGACUCAUUUGCAUGUUUUAAGGACAAACUUGGCUAAUCUUGAUCAUUUUUUUCUUGUCUAGAAAAUGCUUCUUGAUUUAAGAAUGGUUAGCUAUCUGGACUGGAAACGAGACACUGAUGUUUUGCGGUGUGUUUUUCUCCGUGUGUUUGCUCCAGCUCAGCUCUCCUGCAGUGUUUUCUUCUUCUGAUGUUUUUGUUCUUCUCGGAUCCACAAUAAGUGAUGCAACCUGUCCGAAAGCUCAUGUUUGAUGCCAAUAUAGAGAUGGCUUUAUUUUUAUAGUCGCUCAUACUGAACGCCAGCUUGUUUUGUUUGUCGAAAAUGCAUGCAAAGACUUUUAAACCUUGAAUUUGGCAUAAAAAGGAGUAUUUAAAACCGUUUAUAAUCACACAAAGUUGUCGCGGUGUUACUUUUUUUUUCUUUUAGAAAGGUUGUAUUUGAUAUUUCUUUUGUCCAGUUGAUCGUAGCAUCUGUUUAUAUUGAAAAUGUAGUAUUUUUGUCAUUGCAGAAUAACAUGAUAUUAAAAAUCUCUUGUAUGUAUGAAUUCAGUUCACCUUUAUUAUUAAUUUACGAUUUGUAAACCAGCUGUAUUAAAAGGUAGUAAUAGUA